AUGAUUAUUAGUAUGUGCGAUGAUCGAGCGAAAGAUCUCAUAGCCGAACAAGAGACGGAACCGUGCGAAAAAUCAGAAAUUCAUAAGAAGGUUCUAGAAUUUAUUGGAAAACGAUAUGAGGUUCACCUGACAGACGGACGGUACAUACGUGGAACACUGAUCGCGACUGACAAGGAUGCGAACAUGGUGUUCAAUAAGGCUGACGAACGUUGGACGCCGUCUGCCGAUCAGGGAACCCGAUAUCUGGGUCAAGCGAUGAUCUCGAAAAAGUAUGUGGCGAGAAUGUUCCCGUUGUCGGAACCGGAACCCGCCAGAAAUCCCGAAGAAGUCAAAGAAACCGAAAUCUGA